UGACAUGAAAAAAGAACACAAAAAUAAUAAUUGCAAAACUAAAAAAGAAUGCUUGUUUGGCAUAUAAAAAACAUUGAUAUUCUAGAACAGGGACUGAUUCUGAUAAGUUAUCAGGUAUUUGAUAGUAAUAAUUAGGUAUAUUGUUGACGAUAAUAUCGUUAAGUCAACAAAGAAAAUGUUUGUGGAUAAAGUAACUCUAUCACAGUUAUCAGAGGAUGAUGUACCAUCAAUUAGUGAAUUUUAUGCUGAUCAAAACAUUCUGGUUACGGGCGGUACUGGCUUUAUGGGCAAAGUUUUAAUUGAGAAAUUACUUCGUUCAUGUCCAAAAAUUAAGGGCAUUAAUUAUUUAUUAUUGCGUUCGAAGAAAAAUUAUACGGAUGAAGAAAGAUUAAAUAAAAUGUUUAAUAUACCUUUAUUUAACAGAUUAAAAGAAGAAUAUCCGGAAUCAUUAUCAAAAGUGAAAGUAAUUAAAGGAGAUAUCAGCGAAUUAGAAUAUGGUUUAUCUGAUUCUGAUUUGGAAUUUAUAAUUCAUGAAAUAAACAUUGUGUUCCAUGUGGCAGCAUCUGUUCGAUUUGAUGAUUCUUUGAAGGAUGCUAUUUUAAUUAAUACACGAGGAACUAGAGAAAUGUUAAAAAUACUUAAACAAAUACAAAAUUUAAAGGUUUUCCUGUAUACGUCAACCACUUAUUGUAAUAUCGAUAAAGACGUGGAUGCAAUCGAAGAAAAAGUUUAUAAGGCGACAACGGAUUGGAAAACUAUGAUUAAAGCAGCCGAAAAUAUGGAUGAAAUGGUGCUCAAUUUUCUUGAACAAAAAAUUUUAAAUAAGUAUCCGAAUACGUAUACUUUUUCAAAAAAUCUUGCUGAAGAAGUUAUCUUUGAAAGUUGUGAUGAUAUACCAACAGUUAUUUUUCGUCCUACAGUCGUGGUUGGUUCGGCGAAAGAACCAAUGCCUGGAUGGAUUGAUAACUACAAUGGACCAAUGGGUCUAGCUACAGGAGUUCAGACUGGCGUACUUCAUAUAGUUUUAAUAGACGGUAAUAAGAAGGUAAAUUGGGUGCCUGUUGACAUAGCAAUAAAAGGAAUGAUAACAUCAGCAUGGUAUAAGGCAUUAGAACAAACUGAUCGUAAUAAAUGCUUAGUAAUUAACUCAUCAACUAGUGAUUUUAUAAAAUUCAAUAAUAGCGUAAUAAGUGAUCUUGGUAUCGAAAUAUUAAGCAAAAAUCCACCGAAUCAACUAUUAUGGUAUCCAUUUUGUUUUAUAACGACAAAUAAAUAUUUAUAUUGGUUUUAUUUUGUAACACUGCACUUGAUUCCUGCA